AUGUAAUCUUAUGAGAAAGCAUUAUUUAAUGUACAAGUGAUAAGAAAACACUUCUUCAAAGAUAGGGUUUACCAAUUAUAUUUAUUUGCUGAUGAAUUAGUGAUGACAGAUGAUCCGACUAAAAGUCCAAAAUACAUUUUGAAAACGAAUUUAACAACUACGAUAAAGUGGAUAUGCGAAAACAAAAGGAUAGUGGCUUUUGAAUUUUCUUAUAACGGAAGGCCUAAGGAAGUGUAUGGGCCCAAAUUGAAUCUUCUCAAGGAGAUGCUAGCUGGAAAAGUGUUUUUCAGUCCUGUGUCUUAAUUCUAUUAAUUCCAUAUGGAAAUAGGCAGUGGGAUGACAGGAUCUGUCUAUAGGUGUAUUUCGAUUGAAAACAAUGAAAAACUAUUUUGCGAUAAAGAAAGUAGAUAAGAUAAAAAUAACCUAAAAUGA